AUGCACCAGUAUGCCACAACGAUGGAGUAUACCAAGAGAGAAAAAAUUGAGCCAAAAGAGAUUCAAGACAUCUUAGUUAAGAAACUGAAAGUAGGUGCUAAUUACAACAAAUUUAUCAAGAGUACACUUUACUCUCCGUCAGAUGUUUACUGCACAAUGACAAAAGAAAAUUUUGAUAACUUUGGAAUCAAACCAUUGAUAGCGAGUAUUCUUCCAAGAGCAGAGAAGCUUGCCAGCAUACCACUAGAGAAACAAAAACCUCUGAAGAUUAUAUUAUUAAUGAUUUUAGUUGUACUAAGUUCCUUGAACUACCUUUGGACUCUGCUGAAACCAGAUUUGACAACAGUGUUUCAACUGCUCCAACACAAAGACAGCAAUCUUCCUUAG